AUGACUGCUCGCGUCGUUAAGUUUAAAUACGGAUCAGAUAUCAGACGACGUGUUAUGGAAAGGCGAAUAAUAAACUUCGUGGAGCUCAAUCGACUUGUUCAUGAACUAUACAAAGACCGAAUUUCGGUCAAUAUGGAUUUAAAAUUUAAAUACAUUGAUGGAGGUUGGCUUAUCUUGACUUAUAAUUGUCUUAAAGACGGUGAUAUGGUCACGGUUACAAAUGAUACUGAUUUGAGGUUGGCUCUGGAGUCGGUAGCGAAUAUAAAGUUUUUAGUUUACCCAUCUUACUGUCAUGAAGAUUCAGACCCAUGUGCUGCAUUCAAGAAGAACUUUUCUUUAUCACAGCUUGAGGCUGUGAGCAUCGCCCAACAGUUGGUCGUUAUGCGUGCUUUAUUGCUCAAAAUAAUUGACCGAAUCGCUAGUGAAAAUAAAACGAGUGUGGCCGUUCCACCAAAACCCACUUUUGAUGAGACCAUACCACCGGGGCUACUGGCCGAGGAUACAUAUAUCUAUCCCGAAUCACAGAAUGAAAUCAAUCUAACCGGUACUCAACGUCCUCUCAGCCCCGAACCACCAUUUGAACGUACCAUUCAACCACCGUCAGAGCAUACGGCCGAUCUGACUCAGUUAUUCACGUUACAAUCGCAAAAUAUGGACCAACUUGCCACUAGUGAUUCUAUACGACCAAAACAAACGGAGCAUUCCGGUUUGCUACACCUUGCUAAAGAGGAUCCACCAAUGCCACCAAACGUAUCUGGAUCUCCCGUACUGAUUGCAAGCAAGCAAGCCGAUUUCCCAGAUGUAGGCACACAUCCCGUUCUUCCAACGGAUAAAGAGUCAGUUCCGCAUUCUCAGUAUGUACUCACAAAUCAGCAUUUGGUUGACAGGAACAAAAAACAAAUGCCAGAAGUUGCUAUUUCUUGGAACCCACAGUCCCUGGUAAUUCACAAUCACUGA